GCGGAGCAUGACGGGAGCGCCGGGGCCGGCUGCCCUUUGAGCGUCUUUCAGACACCGGGAGAGAGCAGCGGCGGCGAGGAGCGCGGUCCUAGAAGAGGCAGGCGUUCCCCGGCGAGAUUUUACCUGGCUCCGGAAGGAGGAAUGACGUGUAAUGGACCAAAUAACUGCACAGCUGGUGCCAACCACAAUAGUGAAUCUGACCAAGAGCUGGCGAAAGAAUGCUCCCGACUGCAGACGUUUACCACGUUCCCAAAUUUUUGUCCCGUUUCUGCCUUAAGUCUUGCACGAGCUGGCUUCUUCUACACUGGUGAAAGGGACAAAGUCAGGUGCUUCAGUUGCCACGCAACCAUAGAAGGAUGGCAGCCCGGGGACACUGCAGCCGGGAGGCAUAAAACUGUCUCUCCAAACUGUGCGUUUAUUAAUGGCAUGAACUGUUGUAGGAAUGGGGCGUGUUCUGCUCUUCCGAAUGUUCAGCAGAGAGCCGAUGGCCGCCUUGCAAAUGCUAGUAGCCAACAGUCCUCUGCUUUCUCCUCUGACCUCUCUGCAGAUUAUCUGCUAAGAACUAGGCAGGUGGUGGAUCUUUCGGGCAGCCUGUAUCCCAGGACUCCUGCCAUGUGUAGUGAAGAAGCCAGGCUGGAAUCUUUCCGUAACUGGCCUGCCUACGCUCCUGUAAUGCCAACCGACUUAGCCAGUGCAGGUUUCUAUUAUGCCGGAAUCGCCGAUCAAGUUGAGUGCUUCUGUUGUGGAGGCAAGCUGGGAACUUGGGAACCUGGUGACCAGGCCUGGUCAGAACACAGGCGCCACUUCCCUAGGUGUCUGUUUGUCCUUGGCCAUGAUGUCGGGAAUGUUGAAAGUGCCCCAAAUCAACCGAGCAGUGCGGAACUGAAUAUAAGUGACGUACAUGAUCCCAGGCUUCCAAAAAACCCAUCUAUGUCAAGUUACGAAGCACGACUCAGGUCCUUUAUAACGUGGAGGUAUUCGGUUAACAAGGAGCAGCUGGCUCAAGCAGGGUUUUAUAGCACAGGUGAUGGUGAUAAUGUUCUUUGCUUUCACUGUAGUGGUGGACUACGGGAAUGGAGGGCAGAUGAUAAUGCUUGGGAGCAACAUGCCCAGUGGUUUCCUGGAUGUCAUUAUUUGCUUGAAGAAAAAGGACAGGAUUUUGUCAACAGUGUUCAGUUAAGUCGUUCACUUCAGGCUUCUACAAUGAGUACUGAAAAUUCAGCAUUUAUCAAAGAUGAGGAACUUUCACAGAACCAUUUGGUCCAGGGUGUGAUACAGAUGGGUUUCAGCCUGGAUGAAAUAAGGAAAGCUAUGGAAAGGAAACGCCACCUUUCCAUUGAACACUACACAUCUGUGGAGGCUCUGGUUGCAGAUUUAAUAAAUGCACAGCGUGAAAAUAUAUGCAGCCCAUCUAAUGAGAGCACCUUUCAGAAAGGCCUCAGUAUUGAAGAGCAACUAAGACGCUUGCAAGAGGAGAAGUUGUGCAAAAUAUGUAUGGAUAAAACCAUCUCUGUGGUCCUUAUUCCUUGUGGGCACCUCGUCACUUGUCAAGAUUGUGCGGAAGCUGUUGAAAAAUGCCCUUUGUGUUGCACGCCUAUUACAAAAAGGCAAAAGAUCUAUAUGUCAUGAUUGGGAACAUUGUGCCACAUUAGUGCAAAUCAGAACAUUAAUCACAGGUGACAGAACUUUGUUAGCUGAGUGUAGUAGCCUCAUUAAUACCCAAAACUGGAUCUCAAGAGGCUGCUUGCUUUGGAGUAACAGAAGUUAUUCCACUAACAUAGUGUGCUAAAGAACCGUACAAAUCAGGUGACUGCUAAAUUGGGGUUUGUUUGUUCUAGUCCUAGUGUCUUGAGGAUGAGAGAAUCAAUGUUGACAUGAGCAUGUAAUCGGUAUCAGAAACCCAUCCUAGUAUAACUGCUGGAGAAUGACUUGGCCUUUUCCUUGAAACAGCAGCCUGUACCAGUCACCCUUUCUCCCAUCUAUCACCUGCCUUGUGGCAUGUCUCAGGUAAAGGUAUUCAGAGGCCAAAUCUCCAAGGAAUUAAAUAUUUGUUUCGGUUAGAGCAAGUCAGACUGCAGGUUUCAGCUUCAAUGACUGAAUGCUGCUCAUUUUUAAUUUAGGUCAGAGGACUCUUGGAGAGUGGGGCAGUAUUCUGCCCCAUGAAGCCCCUCCUGCUGGCCAGACCAGUACGUUUUAGAGAGUUUUACCACCUUGAUGGGCUCCAGGCUAAAGUUGUUCUGGCCAAAAUCUUCUCACAGUUUGGGAUGGUUAAAAUUUAAAGAAAAUUUCAGAGCAUGCAGGGCUAAAGUUGCACAUUUGGCUCUGCAUUAUGUGCCUCUUCCGCUUUGUGUUGUGGCCCUGGAAUAAGUGUUGUGGCCCCCUUCGCCCUCCUUUUAUUAUUGUCAUGGAAGUAAAAAGCUGGUACCAUCUCCUAUCCCUGAGUUUUCAUGGUGUACUAAUCACGUUGAUGCUAAUCUGUACCAAAGAGGAAUGGGCCACCAGUGCAAACCAUUGGCAGAAGCAGCUUUUUCCUGCCUUUCUGAAUCAGGAAGGCGAUGCCGAAGGUUGCAUGGUUGAACAAGCCACACAACCAGCUGCUGAGGAGAGGGUUCCACCAGAGACUCAAAGGGCAGAAGAGGCAAAGGGGGUGAUCCUCCUCACUUCUUCACUGCAGCCUCUCUCUCUAUUGCAUGGUUCUAUUUGGGCCUCCAGUAUUCAGAUCCCGGAGGAAAGGGGAAGAUGGGCAAGAUCUGCCCACUCUUCUCACUAAAACUUGCGUAGGAUCUGAUGCACUAAAAUAGGGGACCAACAGUAGUGUUGACGUGGACUGCAGUCAACAUGUGUCAGCCUUAGUUAUUUCAAAAUGUAAAAUAUGUGGAAAACUGACUGCAUGUGCAGACACACACACACUACAUAAUACAAGCGCUGAGGAAUUGCCUUCACCCCUCACUGCUUAGUCAAGUGUGGUUUUUGUUUUAGAAUUUGAUAGUCUAAUUGCCCUGCAUGCACACUUGUCCAGUUUUACACGGAGUAAAUCUGAAAGGAUCAACUGACUAAAAUGUAAGCAAGACAAUCUUAUUUAACAGGCUCAUGGUCAGACACUUGUCAAAGAAUACCAACAGUUUCACGAAGUGGUUGGUGAAGUCCAGAAUGGUGGCUUUCCUUUUUCAAUUUGAAUUAGAACGUGGUGACCCUUUAAGCUCCUGUCUGUCACAGGUGAUUGGUUGCUGGCACAUCAACAUGAAGUCCUUUGGUUUAUGUGAGUGACUCCAGAGUAAGCAAACUGACAAUGCUUCCCACACAUUAAUAAUUCCUAAGUUUGUGUGCAUUUUCCACAUAAAUUUGUUCUCCAGUGUUUGGAUCUACUGUCUUGUGUUAAUUCCUGUGCCUCGCUCUCAGUUGCUGGAUUAGUCAAGGGUGUUUUGUUCCUUGACUUGUGAGUCAAUUUGUGACCGUCUGAUAUGCUAUAACACCCUCAUCCUGCUGCUAAGUGAACGUCCAGCAGAUGUGAACGGAGCAUCUUGUAUAUCUUCCAACUUAGAAACAUUAAAGUGCCAGUUUGUUGCACAUGAGCCUUUGUUUGCCAGAAAGUAGGACACUACAGUUGCAAUCCUGUGCUUGAAAAUCCCACUGACUCGAGUGGGAUCAGCACAGGUAGUAAAGUGUGAGAUUGUAGGUUUGGGUCCUAAUUCACACUACUGUGGAGGGAGGGAGGCUGCUGACAGGCAGUCACAGGGGUUAAACUGUCUCAGUCCUCCUAACUGAUAUGCCCUUGAGGUGCAGCUCUCCACAGCAGCCAUUUGAAUAAUGUUUUUCAUUCAUUAACAGGCUAGGGAUUUUUUUGUGUGUGUGGUAGCGGUGGGAAUAUUAGCCACAAAUGCAAGCAUGCUGUAUUUAAACGCUCUUUAGCCUAAUGUUUGGUGUUCUGCUUCUGGUACAGUUAUUUAAAAUUCACAUGUAUCAAUGCUGAGUUUAGCCUUCCCAAUUCUCCGGCUGUGCAUCCUCUAUUGUAUCUUUAAUGAGGUUUAUGUGAGAGUACAGCCCGUGAGAACAAAGCAGUGGCACUUGGUGAGUUGCAUUCUUCGGCUGGCGGUCUGGCCAUCUGUCUUGUUUGCGUGUCUUUGUAACUUCAUGUAAUUCCAACAGGAUGUGGAUUUCUUUUUCUCUAAGGAUGAAAUAUUUCCAAAAUGCAGAGGUCCUUUUGCUUUUUUUCCCCUGGAAACACCAAGCAAAUCCUUGAACUAUGCAUAUUUUCUAAUCUGUAGACCCAGGGACAAUGCUAGAACACGUGUGCAUAACAGAGAUUUGGAAAUGAAGGUACAUAUUUUGCUUAUAAAUAUUAAUUGUUGAUCUUUGGCAAAUGAAAAGUUAAAUUCCUCCCUUCUCCAUCAUGCUGGAUUAAAGCUUUAGAGAACCUAUUUUAAUAUAUUGAAGGAAGAGUUACAGUUAUUUUUAAAGUGUUGUAAUCAUGUAAACUAAUCUUGGAGCUGUUUUGCAAUCCAACCUUGGUGACAAAUUUUUAAUAAAGGCAUUUUCUUAUGGUU